CUGAAGUAGUAAAAAGUAAUGUUAUACUGAACAGUCUAGGCUGGGAAGAAGUCAGAGACCUUCGCUGGUCAAAGGAGGAUCGCUCGAUCAACCUUAUAUUCGAUCAGUGAUUUUCGAUUUUUCUAUUAAUUCCCUGCACAAUAGACAAUAUUUUUUAUGCUAUUUUUUUCUGUACUCGGUGUGCGCCGAAUACAGGCGUGGUUUAUUGUUUGAAAAGUGUUUUAAAAAGUCGGAGAAGAGGAGGAUUAUAAGAUAAAUUGAAGAGUGAACAAUCAACAUCAUGUACGCAAUAACAGUUUUUCUGGCAUUUUUGGCAUACCAUGUUACUGCUCGCGAGUCGGAUUACUGCCUCGCUAACGACAAUGAGCCAUAUCUCUACUUUGGCACGAAAUCUGCCUACAAUUUUAUGCACGGAAACCUCAAACCUGAACUCACAUGUAAACCUAUUCAAAUUUUCGUUAUAUCGAGGCAUGGAACACGAUAUCCUGGAUCAAAGGUGAUUCCAAAAAUGAAGACGUUAUUAAAUCUUCGGCAACAAAUUGUGUUCAAUCAUGAAGAACGGAAAAUGGGUCAUUUGUGUGAGGAAGAUUUGCAGAAUUUUAAAUUUUGGCAGUUGGACGAACAUGUAAGGGAAGAUAUGGCAGAUUUCUUAUCACCUCAAGGAGAGGCAGAUUUAAAGGAAUUAGCACUUCGAUUGAGAGAAGGAUUUCCAAGUCUUCUUAAGCCAAAUGACACCAGUAGGAUGAAUUCAAAUUAUUUGUUCGAAUCCACUAAAACUCAAAGAACAGAAGCUAGUAUGGAGGCAUUUAUCGAGGGAUUAUUCGGUUCUAAAAAUGCAGUAACUCCGAAGACUGCACCGCAAAACGACACAUUAUUGCAUGCAAAUAAAAAUUGUCCCACAUGGGAAGAAGCCACAAACAAUGAAGGAUAUUACACAGAAGUGAAGAAAUUUAAUGAGGGCCCGGAGAUGCAGAAUGUCCUUGUUAAUGUUAGUCGUCGACUUGGUUUUACUGAAAAUCUUACUUUGGAUACCGUGAAUAUUAUGUAUGACAUGUGCAGAUUUGAAAAAGCUUGGAGAAUAGAGAAAGUUUCGACAUGGUGUGCUGCAUUUAGCAAAAAUGAACUUCGAACUCUUGAGUAUAGAGAAGAUCUCAAUUACUAUUAUUAUACUGGACCUGGUCGAGAUAUAAAUGCAAAACUUGGAUGUCCUCCAAUGAAAAACAUGUUCGAACACUUCCGAAAACUGGAAGGUGAUAACUAUUCCGAAGAGCCAAAAGGUAUUUUUUACUUCAGUCACACGGUGACUCUACAAACACUGGCCACAUUAUUAGGAAUUUAUGAUAAUCACGAGAAAUUAUUGGCCUCAAAUUUUAAAUAUAUGGCCAAACGUCAAUGGAGAACUACGUUUGUUGGUCCAUUCGCUACUAACUUUAUUGCAGUAUUUUACAAAUGCAAUGACACUAGAUCUUCAAAUAUACAUAAUAAAGUAUUGCUUCACUGGGCUGAGCGAAUUGUGCAAUAUGAAGGUUGUAACGUAGGUUUAUGCGAUUGGGAAUUUUUAAAACAAAAACUUGGAAAGAAAGCUGACGAAUGUAACAUGGAUUUCUGUUAUAAUAGUGGGCCUUCGAUAAAAUCCAAUUUCAGUAUGUUAAAUUUAUUGUUCUCAUUUUUUGCUCUAGUCAGUACUUUUAAUCAAAGCUUUUAUAUUUAAAAGCAGAUGAUUUUUAUUUAGCCAAGAGUUACACAGUAAAUUCCAGUUGAUCAAUUUGAUCCCGAAAUGUGGUACAAAUUACAUGCAAUACUUUUAUACCAAUUUCUGACUUUUUAUUUGACCAGAAAAUUGUGCAUUAGAAUGAUCCGAUUCUCAAGAUCAAUUGUCUGUCAUAAAUUUUUAUGAGCAGAAGCUGUCGAGUAUCAGUUGUUAUGCCACAUUCAAGUCAUGGCACUUUUUGAAGGUAUACAAAAAAUUUUUGGAGCUAUGGAGAUUUAUAGCCCAAUGUAGAAAAAUUUGAAUUUUCCUUCCACUCUGAAAUUCUAAAUACUCUAAAAAUAUUUCUGGUUGGAACUAGAAAAUUGUGAAUAUUCUAGAAGAGGCAGUCGGAAAUAGGUUAAUAUAUUCUAUAGAAAUACUUUUAGAAACAGAAAAAUUAAUUUCCAGGGAUGUUUUUCUUUAAAUUUAAAAUUAAUUUUUUAACUGAAAAUGUAACUAUGCUAGUUUACGAUCCAUCGCUUUAGUUUAAAAUCCAUCUCUUUAGAGAUAAUUCUUUUUCGUUGAAAACUUUCAUUUUAUAAUAUGAAAGUUGAAUAAUCGUUAAGAGUUCAACUAUUUUGUUAAAAUUUCGUCUUUUUAUUAAUAUGAUUUAGUUUUAACAUAAAUUCUGUUU